UUGUCACUAUUAUACCUCCUUGAUCCAGACUUCUCCUCAAGCGAAAAGGAAGAAGCAGAUCAGCUUGAAGCAGUUUGCUAGCUAUUUGUUCCAGAAUUUGGAGGGUGAUUCCAGCGAAAAGGAAGAAGAUCGCUCAUAAACCACACGACGGUCAGCGUUCUUAUGGAAUGGAUUUAGGAAGCAUCGCCGAUGGAGGGGAAGGGUUCUUUGAAGAGGGCGAACUUCCACCGGGUCCGGUAUCUCCUGGAUCUGAUAACAUGGAUUGCUUCAUGCAGCAGAUGUGCGACGCCCUUCAUGACGGUUCUCUGGGCAUCGAUCUAAACAUUGAUCUUGAGCAGGUGAAUAGUGUUGGGCCCACCGUCCCAUAUUCAGGUUAUCCUGCAGAUGUCGCGAUGGAAAAGCCAGCUGAGGAUGGAGCCUAUCAUGAUGUAGGUUUCGAGGAACGGGGGUGUGCUCCUGUACCAAGUUUCCAGGGACCUGACAUCGGACUAUUUGCCGACAUGUUGGCUGAACAAGCCACCAGAGGAACUGUGGGACCACCCUUUGAGAAUGAUUCAUUCACAGCGCCAGUCAUUGGGACUAACCCAAUAUCGAUUCCCGGCAUAUCUAGUUUACCUCGGAGUGACGGACUUGCAGAACCAGCCACCGGGACUGAUACUCUUAUGACUCCUGACAUCCCCCGGAUACCUGAGGAUGAUGGACCUACAGGACCAGCCGUUGUGCCUGAUGCCACUACAGUUUCUGGGACUGAUAGUUUGCCUGAGAGCGGUGUCUCCCCGCCACAGCCGAGAGGUAUGACCGAUUUGCCUACAGGGGUUGAUAUACCCUCCAUGACUACUCCUGCAGUUAUUUCGGAACCUGUCGGAUCUCAGCCUGAGGGGACUUCCGUUGGCAUUGGACCUCGAUCAUCCCUAUAUGAGCGUGUCCGCGUCCUCUUGGCUGAUACCGAUCCCGACAAAGACAUUUUUCGUACAGACCUCGGCCUUUUUACCGUCUUUUAUAACGGCAUGAUCGAGAAACUUCUUCAUCGAGGAUAUGGCUUCGAUCAGUUCAGGCGUUCCUUUUCUCGUCACAUGCCGAUGUUCCGAGAAGAAGGGUAUCCAGAGUUGGCCGAUUCCUUCACUGCUGAUUUUGCUGUUCUGGAGUCGGAGAUCCGAGAGUUGAAGGAGCUGAAGGCUAAUGGGGUCUCUUCCUUUGUGUCCUCUUAGAUGGAGCAUAGGCUGGCACAGUGGCGCGACCUGAGAUCUUCCAUCAGCGGUGAGCUUCAGUCACAUGAGCGUUCAGUUGCGCAGCUGAUGGCUACCGUGGCGAAGAGGGAUACAGAUAGGGCCGAGCUACUCCGCUCUUUGGAUUUCGGUCGCGAGGAAGUGGCUAGGUUGAAGGAGGCCUUGAAGCGUGCCGAGGAGUCCGUUAUUAUCAUUGCAGAAGACCUGGCUGGAGUAGAGCAUUCUCGUGGACAGGCCCUCGAGAAGCUAGGAUCUACACAGAAGAGACUGAUGAAGCUGAAGAAUGAAGCCGUGAAGAUCUUGAGCAGUUCUGAGGAAUCCGUCCGGGCUGGUCUACAGGCAGAACUUGAGCAGAGUUAUAUAGAUAGGCUUUCUAGUUUAGAGUCUCAUGUCCUUAGCCGUCAGCUGCCUUCGGGCUAACGAGCUCUUUAUUGUAUGCCUUGACUUGAUCUAUCAAUAGAGACUUUGCAUUUGCUUCUUUCA